AUGGCAGGGUUUUGGAAUGAGAUGAUCUUUAAGGUCCUUUCCAACCCAUAACAUAUUUUUCUCUGAUUCUAUGAGGGGCACAGUGCUGGUGGCUGCUGUCCUGGCUGUCUCUGCCGGCACCUCUGAGGGCUGAGGGAUUCUCCAGAGGGAAAGCUGGCUGGACACGUCUGCCCUCAGGACAGUAUAAUUUGAUUUAGAAUUACAGCCUUGAAGUCCCUUUGUUUUAGCACAGGAAGUGCAGAGCAAGGAAUCCUUCCCAACUCCUUGUCUCCCAGAUUUCCAAUUUAACUACUGAUGAUCCUUCCCACACUUCCCUUUUUUUUUGCUCCGUGUUCAUGGAUUGUUGGAGGGUUUUUUCAUCAAAGGCAGAUGUUUGACUGGCCAAGAUUUGUACAGACUUCUUUAUCUCUAGUGGGUUAAAAUCAAACAGAAGAUGUCCAGGAAAAGAGUGACUCUGGCCACUUCAUGCAUUUAUUCUGUUUUUGGGGUGGGAGCUUCCCUCUGCCUAAGGUGGGUACCCAUCAGUGAUAGUGUAGGUGUAUUUUAAUCCCAGUUCCCUGUCUAAAUUGCACCAUAACUUUAAGAACUUCCAAAUAUUUACGUAAUAACUGCCAUAAACAUCAGCAUCCUGGGGUUAGUGCUUCAAAAUGAAAGUUUUUCUUUUGUUGCUGGCAGAAUUUGUCUCCCAGUGCUAUCAAUUAAGCCUGGCUCUAGUGAGUUCAUGUACUUACCCUUCCCAAAAGGCUGAAUAUUGUCUCACUUUCCCUUACUGGAAGCACUGAGGGUGACAGUAAAUCUCCUUGUGCAGGACUCUCUUCUGGGAAGUAAAGUCAUUCUCAAUACUUAAUUAGACUAUUUUUAAUUUAAAUCAGUGUUUAUUCAAAUUUUUAGUUAACCCCAACCUUAACAUUCUCUGAAGUGAUUAAAAUACUGUGUUCACUUGCAGAACAGUUUUCCCUUUCAGUCUGGAGGUAGCAGGGCUGGGAAGAAAGAGGCCUCAUAGGGAAAGGCCUCUGUUUUUGUUCUGUCAAUACUUGUCUGUCAUUACUCAUAAGGAAUGACUCCUUAUCUGUCAUGCUCUUAUCUUAAUUAAGAGGACUCUGGUGUAUCAAAGGGAAGAUUGCAGUGGUCAACUAAUGGUUCUUCUGGGGAUGAAUGUUUCACUGUGGUAGAAAGGUCAAAACAUAGGUUAAACAGACAUUUAAUCCCACAGUUUUCUUCCCAAAUCCAAGCAGAUGUCACAGCCCUUUUCUGCUGCAAUUGUGUCAGAAGUAAGCAGGAUCCUAAAAUGUGAGACAUUCACUUAUCAGCUACACCAAUAAAAAUAAGCUUGGGCUAAAAACACUGGUAAAGGCCAAAGCAGAUAAGCUGGUUAGAGAAAUCAUAUCUUUGGGGCCUGGUAACUCUAAUGCCUCUGUUCUCCUGACCUCCAUGAGCUGCUCUGUGCUGGAGCAAAUCUCAGCUACAAGAAGCAACUCUGUUCAGUGCUGUGCAGCUUCCUCCUUUGUCUGAUGUUAGUGCAAGAUGUUCUCAUUUGCAAAGGAGGUGUUUUUUUUUCUUUUCUUUUUGCUUUCCCAGAGAAGAAGGAGGGAGCAGUUAAUAGAACUGGAGCAUGUUCAUCUUCUUCUGCUCUGUGAUUAUGUGCUGGAACUGUAAUUUCUUCUGCUAUACCUUUUGGGGCAGAAUUAUAUGGAUACAACUGAGGAGAAUGUUACCUGUGAGAGGAGUUAUUUAGGGAUCCUGUUGGAUAUACAGAAAUACUUUGGGCUCAGCGAUGGGAAGACAGGUCUGCUGCAGACAGUGUUCACCUUGUGUUACAUGCUGGCUGCCCCCAUCUUUGGAUACCUCGGAGACCGCUACAACAGGAAAAUCAUCCUUGGAGCUGGGAUUCUCUUCUGGUCUGGUGUCACCUUGGGCAGUUCCUUCAUCACUGAGUCUCAUUACAGGAUAUUUGUUCUCUCACGAGGCCUGGUUGGCAUUGGCACAGCCAGUUACUCCACCAUAGCACCCACCAUCAUUGCAGACCUGUUUGAGGAAGGAAAAAGGACCACAGUGUUAUCUAUCUUCUAUAUCUUCAUUCCAGUGGGAAGUGGCUGUGGUUACAUGCUGGCAGCUGGCAUGGCACAGAGCACAGGGGACUGGCACUGGGCAUUCAGGGUAACUCCUUGCAUGGGAGGUCUAGCACUGGUCCUCCUGAUUCUCCUGGUCCCUCCCAGGAUCCAGAGAAGGACAGCGAGACACAGAGCACUGAGCAUCUCCGGCACAAGACGAGGAGCAGAUGAGACAGCAGGUGUACCCAGAACUGCCAAGACUACUUGGUGUCAAGAUGUUGGAUCCCUUGCCAAGAACUGUAGUUUUGUCUGGUCCUCACUGGGUCUGACAGCCAUGGCCUUUGUCACUGGAGCCCUGGGAAUGUGGGUACCACUGUUCCUGUACAGGGCUCAGCUUGUCCAGGGCAUUGUCCCCCCCUGCCUCCAGGAAUCGUGCAAUUCAUCCAACAGCCUAAUCUUCGGAGGCAUCACCGUCGGGACAGGAAUCGUGGGGGUCGUCGCUGGGGCAGAAGCCGCGAGAAGAUUAAGGAAGAUGUACAAUAAAGCUGAUCCUCUGAUCUGUGCCACCAGCAUGUUCAGCUCUGCCCUGUGCCUCUACACAGCUCUCAUGGUGGCCCAGACCAGCAUCCUUUCCACCUUUAUUUUUAUUGCAUUUGGAGAACUGUUUUUAUCUGUGAACUGGGCUGUUGUGACAGACAUACUGCUGUACGUGGUGACCCCGAGGCGCCAGUCCACGGCCAUCGCCCUGCAGAUCCUGCUGAGCCACCUGCUGGGGGAUGCAGGCAGCCCAUACCUCAUCGGGGCUAUCUCCAACGCCCUGCAGGCCCGGGGCGCUCCGUCCUUCCAGAGCAGCUUCCGGAGCAUCCAGAGCAGCUUUGCCAUCUGUGCCUUCGUGGGGGCCUUUGGAGGAGCCUUUUUCCUCCUGACAUCUCUCUACAUCGAGGGAGACCGGAGAGAAGCAGAAAGGCCCUGAGGUGUCUGUAUGUCUGUAUAACUUCUAGACUCGUAGCUGGUGGCUUUCCCGUGGGGACACCAGCCAUGGUAUGGGAUCUGAACCAGUAUCUGUGUUGUGGUAAUGCCACAUUACUUUCGAUAAAAAAGAUAAAGGCAAAAUCCCAGCAAAGUCUCAGAUUAAAUAAACCUCCCAUGUCGAGCAAAACAGACUCCGGAGCUCACAAGGACCAGGGAAGUGCUGGUAGUGACAUCUGCAAAAUGCUGCAGUGCCUGGAGGAAAUAACAUCCUUUACUGUAAUGGACCAGUGCAGACUGCAGGGAGCAGGAGGUUCUUCUGCUCUGGUCUUUCUCAGCCCUGUAGAACCAGUCCUGGCUCUCUGUAGCACUUUUCCCUCUUCCCAGGGAAGUUCAUGUUCAAAGUGUAAAAGACCUGAAGUAAACCUGUUGAAUUGGACAGAACACAUCCUCAGUCCCCUGGGUUCUUACAGCCUCCUUCUGCUCUGACUUGGUUUUCCAGGUACCAGCAAAGAACUGUCUCUCAGAGGAAGAUGAACUCUGGGGCGAGAUUUGCACAGAACAAAAGACCAUCCUCCCCUUUUUCUUUCCUUUUUGCUUAAUGAGAUACAGCUGGAGAAAAGGCCAAAUCACAAUUCCUCCAUAUGGCAGAAAAUCCUGCGCACUGACUUUUUU